CAGGGCUGACCAUGAACUCUGUCCUUUAUAAAUACGGAUCCCCACCUCGAAACUGGCUUAAUCUGCGCCUCAGAAUGCAGCCAAAUGAACGGGGUUUAACAGAAGAGAAGGUUCUGCUCUGUCAGCAUGAAGAAUGUGUGGACAAACAGAGGGCCGUCAAGGUAUGUCACCAUGGUGAUUGCCAGGAGAUUAACAAUCAAACUCCACUGAAUCUCUGUGCAUCCUGUGACAGCAAACUCCAUGACACAAUGCACUUUGACCGACACAUCCGCUUUGACCUCCCACCCCAAGGGUCUGUUCUGGCCAGAAAUGUCUCAACCCGCUCAUGCCCACCCCGGACCAGGCAAUCAUCUGACAGGGAGGACGAGGAUGAAAGCGGAAUGGAUAGCAAAAGUGACAAGAGGAAUUCUGCGCUGAAGCUGAGCAAGAAGAAGCCUCGUCGCCGACACACAGAUGAAAUGGACAAAAUGGACCAGCUGCAGAGUAAGCUUCACACGUACAGCAUGUUCGGGCUACCCAAGCUGCCAGCACAACUACGGUUCGACCAGGACUCCUGGGAAGAGGAAGAGACCAGCUUGUACCUUGAAUGUUCAUGGCAGGAAAUCAUUGAGGCUCCUGAGAAACUGACUCGGAAGCAAUGCCAUCAACAGGAGGCCCUCUGGGAGCUGCUGAACACAGAGGUUGCCUACAUGAAGAAGCUGCGUGUUAUCACGGAUCUCUUCCUGUGCUGCCUGAUAAAUCUGCAAGAAUCGGGUCUGCUGACCGAGGUGGAGCCGAAGAAACUGUUCUGUAACGUGCAGGAGAUUAUCCAACUGCACCAGAAGCUGUGGCAAGAGGUGAUGACUCCAAUGUUGCAAGCAUCCAGGGAAAGCAAAGCAUUACUCAACCCCAUCUUUUUGCACAAGGGAUUCAAGACAUUUGGUGUGCACUUUAAGCCUUAUAUCCAAUACUGCAUGGAGGAGGAGAGCUGCAUGGAGUACAUGAGAAACCUUCUCCGUGACAACGAACUCUUCAGGGUCUAUAUAACGUGGGCAGAGACUCAUAAACAGUGUAACCGCCUCAAGCUCAGUGACAUGUUGGUAAAACCUCAUCAACGACUCACCAAGUACCCGCUGCUUCUCAAGUCUAUCCUCAAAAAAACCGACGAUUCUCACGCCAGGGAUGUCAUCGUUUGCAUGGUCAGUUCCGUUGAGAAUUUUAUCGCGCAUGUGAAUUCCCGAAUGCAUCAACGGCAGGAGCAACAGAAACUGGCAGAGAUUAUCAAUCGUAUUGAUUCUUAUGAGGUGGUGGACGGGAGCUCAGAUGAAGUGGAGAAGGUUCUGAAGGAGUUCUGUCACUUGGACCUGAUGGCUCCGAUGCUCGGGACUUCACCUGACGAUACUCGGCAACUGCUGCUCGAGGGAAGCCUGAGAAUGAAAGAAGGAAAAGACAGUAAGAUGGAUGUUUACUGUUUCCUCUUCACGGAUAUUUUCCUUAUCACCAAACCAGUGAAGAAGAUAGAGAAGACCAAAGUAAUCCGUCAACCAUUGUUAGUGGAUAAAAUAAUCUGCAGGGAACUGAGAGAUCCCGGCUCCUUCCUGCUGAUUUACCUGAAUGAGUUCCGCAGUGCAGUUGGUGCCUUUACCUUUCAGGCCAGUGUGACUGCGCAGUCCAGAGCAUGGAUUGAGGCCAUAUUCAACGCUCAGAACCUUCUGGAGAGAUUACGGCACCUGGAGACUGCGCAGAGACAGAGUCAGCUGCCUAAUGAAGAAGAUGUGGAGAGUGGGAUCUCAUCAACCCAGUCACCAUCUCUUCUACACACUUACACUGACGACAUACUUGAUUCAGAGAACGUUCAUUCAGACCGUGUGCCAGAGAGAGUCGCGGUAAUGAUUGAUGUGAAUGAAGAUCUCUCCUCGCCUGACACAGAAAGAGCCACCUCUCAGUCCGACGAUGCCUCAUUCCGGAGUACAGGUUCCUCCAGCCCCCCGAGCCACUGCGAUGGGGUCACCCCCUCAGGCCUCUCGAUUCCCAGCACCAGAAGCCAGCUGCUGAAGGCUGAUGCCUCCCGCUCAGCCUCCGUGGACAGCGCGUAUGGCACCUUGUCGCCGAGCUCCGUGCAAGAGUUUGAGCGGCAGCGGCAGGAGUCCGCGGAUGACGAUGAUGAUGGCGAGUUGACUCCCUGCCAGAGACCAGCCUCGCCGCCGGUUCACUGCCAGAGCCUGCAGCAGCCCCUGUCUCUCAAACUCAAUAACCUCAAAUCAAAGUCAGAGACCAACCUUCAUCAGCUUGUUUCCCCAGAACCCUGCGUUUGGAGUCAGUCGCCCCUGAGUAAGAGCCUGACUAAACUCUGUGUGCCCACUGAAGGAGGACCAGUCCAGCUCCAUGCAGUAUCCAGUGAGACCAUGCUCCCUGCUCCUUAUUCUUCCACAACCACCAAAGUGAUGGAGGUUCUCAAACGGGCAGAGGCUCAACAGCGGAGGACGGGCCCAGGCCCCAGCUCCCUCGGGAUGGCUGUGGACACCAGUGACAGUGAGCUGUCUGAGGAGGGGGAGCUGAACUGUGUGGCACCCCCUGUAGAUGCACCACGUUUGGAGCCAGGCUCCGAGCCCUGCGUGUUGUCACCCUCCGACACGGAGACUGAGCGUAACUCUCUGUCUGGUACAGACGAACAACUCGUGGACCCUCCCGGCCAGGCCGGUGGGCAGCUGAGCAACAGCAGUCUAUCGGAACUUUCCAAACGGACAAUGUCGGGCCCUCAGGCCAGGCAGCAUCGCAAACUGACCCUGGCUGAACUGUACAGAAUGCGGACCAGCCUGCUGCUAAACUCCACACUGACUGCAUCGGAAGUGUAGCCUUGCAUUGGGCAUGAGCAAUGGGGCUUGGCUGGAACUCAAAUGGACGGAAAGGCAUGGAACGUGAACUUUGACCUUCUGAGGCGCCACCAUCAUGAUCCAUGGAGCAUUCCUGCACGUGCUCAGAAAGGAGCUGAGAGUUCUGUCAAUGCUUGUGGACAUGUUACAGAAUCAGUGUGGAGAGCAGGCAAUGAAUGAACGUGGAUGUAGAGCUAUGGGAGUGAGGAAUGUGUGUGUCAAGCUGAUGACCUGUCCCAACAUUCGCUCUUAUGAGAAUUAAAAAUGCACCAUAACAUUUUAAUGUAUAAAACAUCAUCCAGCUACCAGCGGUAUCUGGGCUGCCUGUUGUAUGUGGCAAAGAAAAGAAACUGAAAGUUUGAGUCCUUUUUCUGUUUCCAUCUCUUUCCUCUCCUUCUGUUGAUCUCUCUAAGCUCCCUGUCCUCUCCAGCCUCCUUCUCUUCUCCCUGUCCUUACUCCUCAUCUUCUUCCCUCUUGACUUUUCUCCCCUCUCCACUACUGUCUCCUGUCCUCUCUCCUCCACUCUGUUGUCCCCAAGGGUCUCUCCCUCAUCCCACUCCUCACUUGCUUCCAGAGAAGCCACAUGACUGAGUAAGGAAUGGCACGGGCCAGCAUGCGACUUUGUUAACUGUGAGUCUAUUGGUCUGUCCACUGGUCAUGGGGUUGGUAGAGACCAAGGAGCGAGCCAGUGUCCCCAGUCUAAUGGAGAAAGAGAUGCUGAUGCAGCAGAUUGAAACUGCACAGGGCAUCAUGUCAGGUACUACGUGGCUGGCUUCAUUGUCAGUCUGUGGUGAGUUAGCUGAUCUGAGCUGGGUGGCCUGAGGGUGGGCAAAAUGUUAGGGGGCUGGUUUGCAAUCAUCAAUGAGCCCCCCUCCCCCCAACCCCCCGGUGUUAGGCAAUGGAAAAUUCAGCCAGGGUUCAUGAACCAUCCAGUGGCAUGUUCACACCUGUGUGGAUUUGUACAGGGUCUCAAUCACUGUCCGAGCCCACACAAGGAAACUUCUCCACACAGAUUUCAAACUCUAAGUUAUUCCAAGAAUCUCCCACUGUCAGCUUCCCACUUGUGUACUGAGCCGCUCCCAGAAUGAAAGCCCCCUCACCAAACUGUUAACUCCUGAACAUGGUGAAGACAAAAAGGACUUGGAUAGUGGAGAACAUUUCCUCUUGUCGGUCUGCAGUUGCUGUUUGCUUCCCUUAAACCUGCAAUAUUGUUUUUUCCCCUUAAUAAUGUAUAAAGUUUCAUAUUUAUUAAG